GCUAAAUAUACAAUUCAUCAUGCCAUCUGAUAUUGAAGGACUUGAAGAAAGUGACGUGUUCCAGAUGGUAGAGAGCAAUGCCUACUUUGAGGCGUAUCGUCACGUGGUUAAGGGUCUACAACGGAUUUUCCCGGAUUAUGUACCUUUUCAGGUACGGAUGGUCCUUCAUCCUCGAGUUUCCUUAAAUAUAGGGCGCCUUCGGGAGUACAUUGUGAAUUGCCAAGAACAAGUCGAGCCUUCUGUUUACUUGAGAAGUAUACCACAGGGACAAAUCACCUUUGAUCUUACUCUCAUUGUAAAAAAAAGUGAGAAAAACUACUUUUAAAAGGUAUGAGGUGAAAGUAGCCAAAAAAACCGAAAGUU